UAUAUUGGAAAUGACUAUAAGAAACGACAAAAUCGUCGGUUCUUCGAUAAAUGAGAAAGAGAAAGAGAGAAAGAGAAGCAAAGGCAUCCGAUCGGAGACGAUGAAGAGGAUCUCAUCGAUCGAGGAGAUGCCAGAGGCCUCAUCGAAGAAGCCGAAGCUGGAGGAGGAUCCAGAUCCGGCGCCGGAGCCGGAGCCGGUGAUGCCGCGUGUGCCGGAAUUGGGGGAUGAUCUGGUGUUUGAGGUGUUAAAAAGGGCGGACGCGAGGACGCUGGCCGCGGCGGCGUGUGUGAGCCGGCGAUGGAGGGCGAUGACGAAGGAUGAGCGGAUCUGGGAGGCGGUGUGCACGAGGCAGUGGGCGAACUUCGGGUGUGGAAAUCAGCAGCUGAGAUCGGUGGUGCUGGCGCUGGGUGGGUUCCGGCAGCUUCACUCAUUGACGCAGCAGCAACCGGCGGUGGCGUCGUCUUCGUCGUCUUCGUCGUCGGUGGCUAGGAGGGCGUGGAUUGGGCCGGCGAGGUUUGGUAAGGAUGAGGUGCAUCUUCUUUUAUCUCUUCUUUCGAUUGGGUAUUUUGAGAAGAUGAAUGGAUUUAAGCGUGGAGGUGGGGCUUGAUUUCUAUA